AUGAUGUGCAUGGAUGGCAACAAGCUCGCCGUCAGAUGCACGGCUGAACCACCAGGAAUAAAGUGCGACGUUUGCGAUCCAAACAGCUUAAUGCAGAGGCUUGCUAUCACAUCCAUCGAAAAUCCAUUGAGGCCACCUGAGGUGUCCGAGUGCGCAGGCACCUCAUCUGUUGCUAGUGGAUCCAUGCUUCGAGGACUCGCGAAUGCUCCGCAGCACACGUCCAUGGGAUUUGUACCAGCUUCUUCGCUUAUUUCGCGUGGCCCAGGCGCCCACCCAACAGCACUCCAGUCCAGCGACGCUCUAUACGACGAGGGCACAUCAGAACUAACUGCAUUUCAAACUAUGAUGCUAAAUGCCAUGGAGGACGUCCACGGGACGGGUACUUUUGGAUCGUCAAGCGAUCAAUACACCACGACAUCGCAGCCAUGUACAGGAAGCGCCUUACAGGUUGAUAUGCCAUCGUCUUUAUCACUUCCCAGUGGCUCUCGCACAUUCGUCGCAAGAGCGAGCAUAGUCAACACCUCACUUUCCAAUCGCCUUGCUACCACUGCCCAUCUGGACAGAUACAUGAAGGUCUUGAAAGACAAGUGUCCAGUACACUUUGGGAACGGCGGUCGUUUGUCUCAGCAGCCAACCACAUGUGUACAAUGGAGUCAGCCCUUCCAAUGGACUUUUAUGGACCUUUUAAGCUUGGCUUCUCAUUCGAACGCUUCACAUAUUGCUUUCAAUGCUGCCUUCCGCAAUCACGAAAUAGAAAUGGAGAGGAACCAGCAUGCCAUGCGGGAUUUUCUUACAGGAAAGGUGAAAAAUGUCCAUUCGCUGGCAUCAUGUUCAAGUCCGUAUUUUGCAUGUGGCACAAUCCUGGAUUUCGCGAGUUAUUGA